AUGCAGCAGCACAGAGGUGGGUGCCUUCACCCCUUGUCCUGCUGUCCCUGCCAUGGGACUGGGGACACGGGGCCAGCAGCUCAGCCUGGCUUGUCCUUGGCAGCUCCUGCCAGCACCAAGCAGCAGCCCCCAGUCAACAAGGAGCUGCUGAAGCGGGCCAGACAGCAUGUGAACAAGGCCAUCAAGGAGAAGAAGAUCUUCUCAGUGCAGGGCCCCUACCCUGUGAUGCGCAAGCUGCUGCGGGCACGCGGCUGGGUGGAGAAGAAGUUCACCACCACCAUCAAGGUGGGCACCCGCUCAGUGCAGCAGCACACAAAAAAGCUGUUGGAGGAGAAGCAGGAGGAUGGCGGUGGUGAGGAGAGGUGGGAGGCAGCGCUCCAUCCAGAGCCAGGGUCGGCAUCCUGUUGGGCUCAGUGCUGGGGCGAGAACCUGGAGCCUCCUGAGGAGGAAGACGAAGAGCAGGACGAGGUCCAGUGUUAUGCUGAGGACCCUGAUGGCAUCCAUGACAUCAUGUCCUCCAUGGUGAAAGACCACCUGCCGACCUUCAUCUGGACGAGCCGGUGCAGUGCUGUACACUACCGGGAGCUACAGAACCACCAAAUGGUAAACCACUUCACUGGCACUGGAGCCUUCACCACCAAGAAGGGGCUGUGUGCCAAGCUCCAAAACCUGCCCUCAUUCUACCAAGCGGAUCCCACCACCUUCUUCCCAAGGUGCUACCAGCUCGGGGAUGAGGAUGGACGUCAAGCCUUCAUCGAGGAUUUCCGCCUGACAGCAGCUCACAGCCUGCUCAAACUGGCUGUGGAGAAGCCUGGCAUCAUGCCAGGGGUGAUGGAGCCACCUAGCAAGGGGGCAGCAGGUCCACGAUCCCCCUCACCCCCUGAGCUGCUGGAGAAAGCGCUGCAGGUCUGCAGGAUGCAGCUGGACAGGCUGGAGCACACAGACAUUGACAGGGACUCCCCACAGCUCCACGUCACCGACGCCGACUGGGACUGCUUCCUGCACGAGUACUACCGUGUGGUGAACGAGCAAUCGAGGCUGGAGCCAAGCAUUCCUCAGCUGAAACAGUGCAGGGCACUGCUGCAGAAGCUGCAGGAGCGGCUGCCCCAGCUCCACAUGGAGGGCGUUCACAAUCUCUGGAUAAUCAAGCCCGGAGCUAUGUCCCGUGGUAGAGGCAUCACCUGCUCGGCACGGCUGGAGGAGAUCCUGGAGCUGCCUGGGAAACCCGCAGCGCCCUCAGUGCAGCCAGGACAAUGGGUAGUACAGAAAUACGUGGAGCGGCCGCUGCUCAUCUUCGGCACCAAGAUUGACCUGCGGCAAUGGAUCCUGGUGACUGACUGGAACCCGCUGACCAUAUGGUUCUACCGGGACAGCUACGUGCGCUUCUGCUCCCAACCCUUCUCCCUGCAGCACCUACACGCCUCCCGGCACCUCUGCAAUGUGUCCAUCCAGAAGCAGUGGAGGCAGGCUGCAGGCCGUAACCCCAAUCUGCCCUGUGACUUGAUAUGGUCCAGCCACCAGUUCCAGCUUCACCUGCAGCAAGUGGGGCACACGGAGGCCUGGGAGAACGUGAUCGUGCCAGGCAUGAAGGAGGCGGUGGUCGCUGCCCUGUGCAGCGGCCGGGAACUGGUGAGGGACCGCAAGGGCAGCUUCGAGCUCUACGGGGCCGAUUUCAUGUUCGGGGAGGACUGCCAGCCGUGGCUGCUAGAGAUCAACGCCAGUCCCACCAUGGCGCCCUGCUCAGCAGUGACCCGACGGCUCUGCGCCGCCGUCCAGCGUGACGUACUACGUGUGGUCCUGGACCACAGGGAGAACCCUGGCUGCUCCACCGGAGCCUUUGAACUCAUCUACAAAGAGCCCACCGUGCCAGUGCCUCCAUCCCUGGGACUGAAGCUGGUGGUGGAAGGCUACUCGCUAACGAAGCCCCAGCUGCAGAAACAACAACCCCAGGAGAAACUCCCCAUCACCCUGCCUCUUGUCUGCCCGGUGGGGACAAAGUCACUGGCGGUGGCCAAACCACUUAUGACCACCAAAUCGUCUGUGGUGCCCAUGUCACCUGUGGUACCCAAGCCUCCUGCAGUGCCCAGGCCUCCAGCGGUCUCCCACCCACGUACUGACACCAACCCUCCCUCGGUGCUCAAGGCCACUGCAGUACCCUGGCCUCCAGUCGUGCCUAAACCAUUUACGGACACCAAGCGUCCUAGAAGCGCCUUGCCCCCUAUAGAGCCCAAGCGUCCUGCAGUGCCCAGGCCUCCAGUGGUCUCCAAACCACUUACGGACACCAAGUUACCCGCGGUGCCCAGGCCUCAAGGGGUCUCCCACCCAAGUACUGACACCAAGCCUCCCUUGGUGCUCAAGACUACUGUGGCGCCCCGGCCUCCAGUGGUGGCCAAACCACUUUCGGACACCAAGCCUACUGUGGUGCCCAGGCCUCCACUGGAACCUAAACCACUUAUGGUCACCAAGCGUCCUAGAACCAUCAUGCCUGCUAGAGAGCCCAAGCUUCCUGCUGUGCCCAGGCCUCAAGGGGUCUCCAAACCACUUACGGACGCCAAGCCUCCCAUGGUGCUGAAGACUAAUGCGGUGCCCCGGCCUCCAGUGGUGCCUAAGCCACUUACGGUCACCAAGCCUCGUAUGGUCACCAUACCCCCUAUAGUGCCCAGGCCUCCUACAGUGCCCAGGCCUCCUGUGAUGCCCAAGCGGGGCAGAACCACUCAGCUCCCACCCGCUGGAGAAGCACAGGUCAAGGCGGCUCCCCUGACGCAAUUGCACUUGUGCCUCUCCUCCGCCUCUGCCCCCCAGGCACCACCACAGCCAAACCCCCUGCUCCAGUGGCGGCAGGCCACUCUGAGCAAGCCUGGGGCCACUGUCCUGACAGGGCACCCGCUCAAGCAGCCGCAGCCCCACCAACAACCCUGCCUGCAUGUCCUGGGCAGCAGAGCCGUGCUGCAGCCAAGGGACACGAAGCAGCGCCCGGGAGCAGGCAGAAACGCUGCGACCAUAAGGCCGUGA